AGAGAAUUUCUAAGAUGCAAUACUCCCGUAUUACGUUUUGGGAGAUCUCUCAGCUAGUAUAAACGCUGAAGAAGAGAAAGAAAAGCUUCCCUGGCCGACCACGAAAUAAGAGCUUUGAAAAGUAUAUAUAUUUAUGCAUUGAUAGCUAUACAUGUAUUCAUAUAUGCACACUUGAACAGAUAAUUAGUGAAUUGCGAAGAUGAUGUCGAGCAAUUAUACCGCCAUCGAUAAUCAGAAUGUCUCUGGAUCUGUUCCUGCAGUAGCAGAUCCUCCUUCCCAUGUUGCCGUCAAAUUCACUGAGUCGAAUCUUCAGACAUUUCCACCUUCAAGUUCACAGGGGAAAAUAUCUCGUGGCUCUGGUCCUCCUCGUGAUGCUGAUGAUAGUUUCUCCAAACCAGCAUCUGGUUCUGAUGUGCCCCGACAGAGUGGCUGGUUAAGUGCUUUCACUAUUGCUGCUUACAAGCCCUAUUUUGAUGUUGAUACAUCUGAUGUUUUGGAAAGGAUAAAAUAUUCACUCUUUCCUUUUGGUGGAGCCUUUACUGAGAAAACUUCUAGUAGCCCAGAUUUGUAUGGACCAUUCUGGAUCUGCACUACCCUGAUAUUUGUGGCAGCUUCCAUCGGCACAUUUGUUACAUAUUUGGCCCACAAGAUUCAGAAAAAAGAAUGGGACUAUGACAUCAAUCUGGUGACUUGGUCUGCCGGUUUAUUCUAUGGAUAUGUGGUCAUAGUCCCCAUUUGCUUGUAUGUUAUUCUCAAGUACUUAUCUGCUCCUGCCAGCCUUGUUCAACUACUCUGUCUCUAUGGAUAUUCCCUGUUUGUCUUCAUCCCUGCACUGUGCCUUUCAGUCGUACCUAUUGAAAUAUUCAGAUGGGUGGUUGCUGGUCUGGCUGGGCUCAUGUCUGCGACCUUUGUUGCCCUUAACCUUAGGACACACAUUGUUUCUGCUGGGGAGAGGUGGUUCUUGAUUGUGGCUGGUAUCUUUCUGUUACAGCUUGCUCUUGCUUUGGUACUUCGGCUCUACUUGUUCACUGUCACAGUAUAACCCCCGUCCACCAACCAUGUAGUUUAAAAGAGACACACACACAUAUGAAUGUAUCAAAAUGUAAGACAAUCUAUGUAUUGAUUCAAUUUUUUUAUUGCACUUUAUAUACUCAAUAAUACUAUUCGUUCAGCAAUAUAGUUUUGUCCUGGUUGUGUACCCUCCCUAACGCCACGGGCCUGUAGUGAGCAGUUCUCCAACUGCUACAUCGACCUGUUUACUUGUUGGGCUAAUCGUCUAGUCCUCGGCACUUUGCCCGAGUUAUUAGCAUAAAGAAGCAUAACAAAACAAUUACAAAAUCCGAGAAAUUAAUAUCUGAAAACUAUGAAUGCUCCGUCCUAACCCCAUCAGAAAAUAUUUGAUACUUAACUCUACACAACCAUGUUUGAUUUAAUGAACCGAUAUGUAUUGCGAACUGUUGACACCAGCUGUGUUAGGAUAGUGAGCUGAAGUUCAGGGAAACCUACUUUUUUCCAAAAUAAAUUCUAUGUAAUUUUUUCUCUUCAUAUUUAAAUCUUGUGCUAAUGUUUAAAAUCUAGUAUAACUACUUUUCAAUCUAUUCAAGCUCAGAUUACUGAAUCCACCCUUGGUAAACACUUUAAAUUUUUAAGGCUCGGUUCCAUGUACGUUGUUAUACAGACUGGUGUUAAGAUUUAAGAACACAGAAGACAAGCUCAGAUUGCAGUUAAAAAUUUUCAAUGAUUUAUCAUUUAUCAGUCAGUUCUUGAGCGUCUGGUAAAAGUCCAGCGAAGCCUGCAACCCAAUUUAUUUUAUCUAUAAAAGUGAAUCAAUAAAUUGAAUACAUAUUCGUACAGCUAAUCUUUAUGUUUUUGGGUACGAUGGUUGGUCGAUUGUUGUGUUAUUCAAUACUCCGUAACAUGCAUGGUUGUACAGUUGUAAUCCGUGCACAAUUGCAUGACACAAACCUUCUUUCACAAACCUCAAGAUGAAAUAUUUUUCACUGGAAUAUUGAUAUAUCUUUGUUGGGAAAAUCAUUUUUUAACAACGAUGCUUGAUAUAUUUUUCACCCUUAUACUCACCUUAUAUCUAUUAUGUUUGUGAAAGUUUUUUUUUGUCUGUGUAUCCGGUUCACAAACAAAAUAUGUGUUAUUUUAUCUGUUUGUACAAAAAGGUCUUGCACUAACAUGGUGUGUAUAAAGAUGGAUAUAAGGGUAAAAGGUGGGUACAAAUAACUUUUUUUUAUCCCUAGUUAUUCCAAAAUCUUCAAUACCGUCCUCAAUCCUCAGCCGUGGCCUUUUUUAUACGGAGUUAAAAUCAAUAAAAAGACUUGAGCUAGAACAGAGUUAAAAUAGAGCCUUAUUGAACUAGAAAAGGAUAAGUGAGAAGUUUAAGCUGGAAUAGUAUUUGCUCAAUACUAUUGCCUAUUGGUAGUUUGGUACUACCGUAGUACUCCCUCCGUCCCGCUAACAUUGUCCCAUUUUACCUUUUUGGCAAAUCUCACUAAGAUUGUCUCUUACCAAAUUUGAUAAAGUUUGUAUAGCUCUAAAUCAUUCUUACUUUAUUCUUACUUUAUCAAUUUAAUAUCAACCACACAAACCCACUUUUCUUAAUAAUCGUGCCACCUUCUCUUGUCUCAAUCUUAGUGGGACAGAAGUAGUAAUUAGUUUAUGCAUGUACAUUAAUUAAAUUCACCCAAAAUGACACUAAAAACGGUGCAUAAACUUCUACUCUAAUAUUUUAGAUGUUAUAUCAAGUUAGAAUGUUUUUACUUAUAAUGAAAUUUUGUUUAAAUCUAGUUUGAUCCGGUCUAAUAAAUAUCUGAUCUCUGUGCAUUUUAUACCUAUGAAAGUCUCGUAUGGUCUAGGCUAUUUAAAUUUGGUCAGGUCCAAUCUAACCUUAUCUGUUUAAAUUUGAUCUAGUACUAAAAAACAGUCCAAAUAAAAACAUUUUAAUGUAUUACAAACGGAUAGAUUAUUGAACUCAAUGUUAAAGGCAUUUGAGAAUAUAGAUGCACCCGUAAAUGUAAAAAGAAAUUACAGUGCCAAUGUCCCUCCGUCCUAAAAAAGUCAUUUCAGAAAAUUUGAACCAUGAUUUAGAUUAGGGAAAAUGAAAACUAAUAAUCCAACCUUUUAGCUGUUUUCUUACAAUAGUCUCACCUUUUCGUUAUUCAUGAAUAAUCCAACCUUUGCACCUCAUCUUCAUUCACUGGUCUCUGACUGAUUGAUACCUGCUAUUCCAAGUUAUUUUCUUAUCUUUGCAAACCAUUAUACCAUAAAUCUCACCUUUCACAAAGAUAAUAUUUUGCAAAGAUAAGAAAAUAAUUUAGAAUAACAGGUCAUUAACCGGUCAGGGACCAGCCGACCAGCGAAUAAAGAUGAGGUGCAAAGGUUAGGCUAUUCUUGAAUAACAAAAAA